AUGCGGGAGGUCCGCGAACGUGUCAUUGGCUACAACUCGACCCUUCCCACACCCGACAAUGGGAGCGUUCCCCUUGUGUACGCAGACCACGCCGGGUCCGGAAGGUCUAUGGACAUUAUUGAAGACACCAUCCAAAGGUACAUUGCACCAAUGGCAGGCAAUCCUCAUAGCGACUCUGCCUACACGGCUCGACAGAUCACUCAGUAUCGUGAAGAAUCGCGCGAAACUAUAAAGAAGAUUCUCGGGAACCCUAGCAAUUGCUCUGUCAUCUUUGCGGGUAACGGAGUCACUGGCGCCAUUAACAAGCUGGUGGCGAUACUGGGAACCCGCAUAGGAUAUAGAUGUGGCGAUAAAGAUUUCAUCGUCAAGAGUAACGACCGGCCCAUCGUCUUGAUAGGCCCAUACGAACACCAUUCGAACAUCCUCCCUUGGCAAGAAACCAUCGCGGACGUUGUCAUCAUCAAGAAGUCCGAGUCGGGGCAGAUUGAUCCUGUUGAUCUCCGCGCGAAGUGCUCGAAGUACAGUUCUCGCAAGCUCAAGAUCGGAUCGUUCUCGGCCGGAUCCAAUGUCACCGGCGUCUUCACAAACAUCACCCAUAUUGCCCAAGUCCUCCGCGAUUUCGGGUUCCUGUCGUUUUGGGAUCAUGGAUCCUCUGGACCUCAUCAGAAGGUCUCCUUUACCCCUAUCAUGGACGCCCUCUUCCUUUCUCCCCACAAGUACGCCGGCGGCCCGGGAAGUUCAGGGAUUCUCGUCGUGAGGAACUCUAUCUUCGCCGAUACCACAAUGGGCCGACCUCCGGUACCAUCUCAACCUGGCGGUGGUACUGUUCGAUACGUCGGUCGAAACCCAGGCGACCAUGCCUAUGAGCCUAUUCAUCACACGAGAGAGGAAGGCGGCUCUCCCAACUUUUUGGCAGACAUUCGGGCCGGAAUGGUCCUGGCACUUCAUGAUAGUACGCCCAUCGACUGGAUCAAGGGAAUCGAGGGCAUGUACGUUUCGCAGGCCAUCCUCUCGUGGGGGCAACCGCAAAUAGUGGUAUACGGCACGUCAGAAGCAGAGCGGGCACCGACGAUCGCCUUCAACUUUCGACACGGCAUUGGCAGCUUUCUACACUACAACUUUGUUGCCGCAGUUCUCAGCGACUACUUCGGGAUCCAGGUGAGGGCAGGAUGCCUUUGUGCUGCACCUUAUGGUCACGAACUCCUCAACAUCUCACGCGAGGAGUCGAGCACCGUCAAGCAGUUGGUCGUCGACGAUGGAACGGUAGGAGCCAAGCCCGGCUACCUCCGGGCAUCAUUCGCCUACUACAUGUCACCAGAGGAGGUUGGCUACAUCAUCUCCGCCGUCCAGUUUCUUGCCAGGAACGCAGGUGGUCUGCUGCUUGCCUACGAGUUCUUCCCCACAACUGGGGUUUGGCGCGUCAGGCGCCACGCCGGUAGGGACUUACGGACCGAUCCGCCGGCUACCAUGAAGCUCCAUCAGCUCCCCUUCAGCUCUGUCUUAGAGAACAAGAAGGCACGCCAUGAAGCCGAGAAGGCAGAAGCCGCAGCAGCCAUCAAACGGCUUGCCGCUCAAGCGGCAGAAGCCAAACGGCUUGCCGCUCAAGCCGAGAAGGCAGGAGCCGCAUCAGCAGGCAAACAGCGUGCCACUGUGACACCGAUGGGAAGUGUCUUGGAGGCCGAGGAAGGCGAGGAAACGGAACCCUCUUGCGACCCCGAGGGCAGCCAGUCGUCCUGUCCAUCGUCCAGUCACAGAUCCACUAGUCUGCUUUCCACCUUCAGCAGCCCCUAUUCGACAGCUAUUGGCACCGAAACAAUCGAGUCUUCGUUGUUUAGCACACACCGACAAGUCAAUUUGGACAAUUCAUGUUUGGGAGACAUCCAGCACCUUGCGGAUCAGCCGCCUUUUGUUGGCAAGAUCGAGUACAACGACAAGGGCGAGAUCGACUAUGAGUUCUACCUCGUCAAGGGAAUAGACCUCGUCAACGCGCAUACCGCUGAAAUCAAGCGGCUUGUCGAAGAGGCGAGAGUGCGGGGAGACCCAUUGGGUUACUCCUAUGUGCCACCAUCAAAAGAGUACAUGGGUGGUAUGACCGGCUUUACCCUUCCAGCAUUCUGUCUGCGGCAAGAAGACGGUAGCCUCAGGAGCCGGGUGGGAACCCCAGCCUCGAUGAACACAUCUCACGACCAAAUCACACAUGCGGCGCGAGCGCCCAACUCCACAAACCUCGCCGCAACAUCCACAGGCGGUUUCGGCAGCACAAACGGUUUGCCAUCACGAGAGAUUCGCCGCUCGAUACUCCAGCCCAAGGACAAAUCGUCACGAUGGAAGAAGUUUGUAGGGACAUAA